GAGGGGCGGCCUGGAGAGGGUCCGCUGUUCGCGAGGCGGUGGAUGCGCGAGCGGCAGCGAGAGCUUCCUCAGAGGGCGGCGUCCAGUCUCUGCGGGAAGCUGAAGUGAAAGGAUCCGGGGAAGAGGCCCCCGCAUCCAUGGACACGAUGACCAAAAGCCGGUUCUUCCGCCUGUGGCUGGUCUUGGGGUCCGUCUUCAUGAUCCUCCUGAUCAUCGUGUACUGGGACAACAUGGGCACCGCCCACUUCUACCUGCACGCUUCCCUCUCCAGGCCUCAUAUCCUGGAGCGCUUCCCCAGCGCCAAGCCAGGGGACGAGAAGUAUUUCACCGCCAGCAUUGAGGAGAUGUUGGAGAAGCUGCUCAGUGCUCAUGCGAAGCAGAACAGCCUCCUGGGUAAAAAGGCGGAGCAGCCCUCCCCGCCGGCCUCCAGCAGGCCUGUGCUCAGCAACAUGGAAGAGAGUGUGAGGGGCUACGACUGGUCGAUGCCCGCAGUGAUAGAAGUCCUACUUCCUCAGAGGGCGGCGUCCAGUCUCUGCGGGAAGCUGAAGUGA